AUUUUCACUAACACACUGCACUGUGAUAUGACAGAGCACUGCAGGACAACACCAAAAACAGCUGCAGUCUGAUAAAGACACCCCAAGAAGUCUGUCCCUAAACAUCAGUGCAGCCAGCACUAAAGAAGUUAAGGAUGAAAACAGAAAAUGGGGAUGAGGCUGUUGAUCAAGCAACUGAAGAUGAGCUGCUAGCAAUAAAAGAUGAACCUGAGAGUGAAAAUGCUGACUACUUAAAGCUGAUAGAGUAUGGAAUAGCAAAAACUGUUGCAAAAGAACUAAUUAAAAUAUAUGAAACGGGUAAACUCACACAUGAAGAUUUGGAUGAAAGAGCACUUGAUGCGCUAAAAGAGUAUAAUCCUGAAGAUGCCUUGCAAGUGCUUAAGUCCUUUUGUGAAAGCAAUUUGGAACAUGUGGGCAACAAAAGUGCUUUCUUGUGUGGACAAAUGAAAACAUUCAGAACAAAGACUAAAGGGGGAGCUGCUGCAUCACAAGCCAAAGGCCCAGAUGAAGCUAAGCUAAAGGAAAUUUUAGAAAGAACAGGCUACUCUUUAGAUGUCACAACUGGACAGAGAAAAUAUGGUGGUCCACCUCCAAACUGGGAAGGUGGACAACCUGGUGCUGGUCACGAGGUUUUCUGUGGCAAGAUCCCUAAAGAUAUCUUUGAAGAUGAACUCAUUCCUCUCUUUGAGAAGUGUGGCAAGAUCUGGGACAUGCGUCUGAUGAUGGACCCUAUCACUGGCUGGAAUCGGGGUUUCUGUUUUGUCACUUUCUGUGACAAAGACUCUGCUGCAGAAGCUGUUUCACAGCUUGACGGUUUUGAAAUCAGAAAAGGCAAGACUUUGAAGGUUAAUAUCUCCAUUGCCAACUUGAGAUUAUUUGUGGGAAACAUUCCAAAAAACAAGACCAAAGAGGAGAUAAAAGAAGAAUUUGGUAAACAAACAGAGGGCCUAAUUGACUGCAUUGUGUAUGGAUCUGCGGACAACCCAAAAUUAAAGAACAGAGGAUUUGCCUUUCUUGAGUAUGAUUCCCACAAGUCUGCUUCUACAGCUAAAAGAAAACUAUCCACGGGUAGAGUAAAGGUGUGGCAAUGUGCUAUCAUCGUUGAUUGGGCAGAUCCUCAAGAAGAACCAGAUGAAGACACAAUGGCAAAGGUGAAAGUUUUAUAUGUGCGUAACCUGACAUCAGAUGUCACAGAAGAAAUGUUGAAGGAAAAAUUUGGUGCAUACGGAAAGGUCGAGCGAGUCAAAAAGAUCAAAGAUUAUGGCUUCAUUCACUUUGAAGAUAGAGAUGAUGCUGUGAAAGCCAUGGAAGCUUUGAAUGGCGAGAAAAUUGGCAAUUUGGAAAUCAAUAUAUCCUUAGCAAAACCACCCACAGAAAACAAAAAGAAAGAGCAGCGCAAACGUGAACAAGACCGUCGUAUAGUUCGGGGUGGAUAUGUGGGGUGGGAUGAUUACUGGAGCCCACCAGUACGACCACCUGGUGUAAUGUCUCGAGGUGGCAUGCGAAGAAUUCCAGCAGAUCCCUACUAUGAUGACCCAUACUAUGGAUAUGAUGACUAUGACUUUUAUGGAGGCUACACUCCUCCCCCACCUCCAAUACCACCUCGUGGCAGGGGCCGAGGUGGACCUUACCCUCCCCCUCCUAUGCGAGGGCGUGGUGGCCCACCGAUGCGUGGCCCCGCCCACGGCGUGGCACCAGUACGAGGGGUGGGCGUUAGGGGCCGAGGUGCACGGCCUUCACUCUCUGCAGCCUCGCGAGGGGGACGCGGUGGCCUGUUAAAAGGGAGCCCACAACAGCCAAGGGGAGGAGGCAAGAGGAAAGCGGGCAGCGACUUCAACCAGGGCGUGACCAAGCGCCGCAAUAUGCAGGACAACUGGGGCAAUCAGCCAAUCGCCCAGCAGCCUCUAGAACAAUCUGGUUACGGCGGUGGUGGUUACAGUUAUGGUGGAAAUGAUGCACAGUGGUACCAGGAUUCAUAUGGUGAAAACUGGGGCUGAAAGGUGCCCUAUGUUACACUCUGGUUGGUUUUAAAAGAAGACUGAAAGUAAACAUUUCAGAGAUGAAACAAAAGUUCAAAAACAUGAAAGUAUUAAAGUAUUUUUGCUGAGCAAAAAUAAAAAAAGCAAAAAAGGAUAGGAUUCAAAAAUUCUCUCUCCUGGCUGUUUGGAAAUAUGUACAUACUGAAGCAUCCCUCAUUGUAAGUUUUUUAUUAAUUUUUUUCGGACCUGGAUGUGGCCAAAUUUUAUGUGAACCACAUUGUUUAUACUGCAGAAAGGAUAUUUUCCAUCAAAUUGGGGAGAGAAAAAAAAGGGGGAGUAAACGCUGAGUGUUGACCCUGAAUCUCUGCAAGGAACUGUAUGGAGCUGAGGAAGGCCCCACGUAAGACCUUCACAGAUUGCUGGCUAUUUCCCAAAGGCAGCUUGUAUGUGUAGAUGAGGCGUAAAAUGCCUCAGCUGAAGUCUGCACAUGCACUAAUUGCUUGAACACCCUCUUGUGACACCUGGUCAGAGGAUGUGAUUGACAAAUUUUUUUUUUUUUUUUUUUUAAAAGUUUGAUGGAACUUCCAUAUUUCUGCCCAAAAAAAUUUAGAGUUUGAAAAUUAAAAAAAAAAGUAAUCAUGUAACUGUAGUGUGUUUCAGCAUUUUUAUUUAGCUGCAUGUUUUUAAACUUUGGCAAGAGGGAGUUACGGACAGCUAAGACAUCUGACUGACCGAACCUAAUUCUUCAGGUGCCACUUUAAGUUGGCUGUUCACUGCGCCAUAGAGAAGUGGACAAUUCUGAUGGAUUAUCAGGUUCAUCCUUUGUGAAGUUUUGGCACAGAGGCACUUAAAAGUGUUCAUUUUGAAAACUGAAUAAAGCUACGGUUUUUAUGUGUA